AGGUCUGCACUCAGCCGAUGAGGUCGCAGGCCCUGAGCGACCAGAAGCGCCGGAAACUUGGCCAGCUGUGGGAUGCGCUGCUGGAGGCCGAUCGCCUGGAGGACCUGGACGAGAAUGCCGUGUCCGAGGCCGCGCAGCUGGUCGACGACGAGCUGGGUGGAAGCCCCGCGACGAAGGCGCUGGUGUACUUCAGCGGUUUCCGGCUGGCGGUCGCCUCGGGCGAGCUGGGCAAGGCGGCGCCGCUCGCGGCGAGGGCCAGGGAUUGCACCAUCCUGGCUGAGGGGCGCGACUCCCUCUACGUCGCGGCGUUCAACGGCUACGCGAAGGACCCGGCGAGCUUCCUCAGGGACAGAGACAAGUGGAUCAUGCCGCCUUGAGAAAAGAGUUGCCCUCUCUCCGUUCCCUUUGCGCUAGGUCGGGCAUGUCCUUCUACAGGUGG